CCUCGCCGCUUCUCUCUAUCCGCAGCCAUCCGCCCUUCUUGUGAGCUAAGGCGCCCCGGGGACUGAGAGCUAAGGAGAGUUGGAGGCUUUACGAGGCCACCGGCUUCCUGCUUGGCCCUGGGAAGUGUGGCCUUGGGGCCUCCGGGCAAAGUGAGAUCUGCGAAAUGCCCGGUGAAGCCACAGAAACCGUCCCUGCUACAGAGCAGGAGUUGCCACAGCCCCAGGCUGAGACAGCUGUGCGUUCUCUGUCUUCAGCUUUGAGUGUCACUGCUGCCUUAGGGCAGCCUGACCCUGCCCUUCCCCCUCCAUCCUCCCUGGCCCCCCAACACUGCCCUCUGGCAACCCCUAACCAGCCUCCCCCCUUCCUUUCUCCCUCUGCUGUUGCCUCCACCCCUUUUGAAGCUCCUUUUCCCCAGUCAUCCUCUGGGAUAGCCCUGCCUUUGGGAUCUGCCCCUUCCCUCCCUGACACCCCAGCUUUCCUGCCAAACCUAAUGGGGCCUCCCAUCUCCCCAGCUGCCUUAGCUCUGGCCUCUCCCAUGAUUACUCCAACUCUGAAAGGUGCGCAUUCCUCUUCAGCUCCCUUGGCUCUUGUGGCCUUGGCUCCCCACUCAGUGCAGAAGAGUUAUCCACCUAAUCCUCUUAGUGCACCUCCUUCAGUUGCUGAGGCUCAGUCAGGGUCAGUGAGAUCUCUGCCAGCUCCCAUUGCCUCCCCAGAACCACAGGCCUCUCCUAUUCAAGCUCCCUCUGAAGUAGUCCCUGGUCCAAAAGGUACUCCCAUUCCUACAGGUAUAGUCAGUGCUGUUCCUUCCCAUUUUAUAACUCCAUUGGCCUCUGUUCAAUCUGGAGUAGCCUCGUGUCCUCAAACACUACCUCCCACUCCCCUAACCAUCACUUCCUCUCAGGUCAAAGGCAUCCCUGUUUCCUCAGCUCGGACUUCUCCACAAAACUCUCUAAGCCUCAGCCUAAAGGGACCACUUAGUCCACCUGCUGCCUUAUCUCUUCCAACUGAGACUAUUCCUGUGACUCCCAACGUUCCCCCAGUUUUCCUCACUUCUUUGGGCUCUAAUCUUGCACCUUUACAUCAGAGUUCUCUUGGUUCUCCUGCCCAGCCUUCAAGUCAAACAGGCUCUAAUGUUCUGUCAGAUCCUAUAGGGCAUACCAUUUCUGGAGAUCAUUCUUCUAUCGGGGUCUCUUACCCUUCUCAGAGGUCUGUAAUUCCUCCCCUUCCUUCCAGAAGUGAGGUGGUUCCUGCUGCUGUGGCUGAUUUUCCAACAGGGGCUCCAGCUCCCCCUCUGGCUCUGUCUGUUGACAAAGGCCCCUCUACCAUCACGUGCAUAGCUUCCUGCAGCCCUUCUGGCUCCUCACAUUUAGCUCCAUCUUCUCCAUUAUCUCCUACAGCCCCUCUCACUCUCAAAGGCUCUCCUAAUGCCACUCAUCAUCAGCCUUUGGUGGCCCAGUUUCCUGCUGCUUCUCCAGGGAGUCCAGGCUUGAAAGAAGCUCCUGUUUCUUCUGUUGGAACCACCCCACUUGUGAUGACUAACCUCUCUACAAUUUCUGCAACAUCUACUACCUUUGAGGUAGCUACUUGUGUGUCUCCAGUUUCAUCGGGUCCUAUAAGUAAGGAUUCAGCUUCCCCUCCUGUCUUGGGUAUGGCGCCUGUGGCUCCCGAAGAGCUUCCUACUCCUCAAGUAACAACCACUCUAGGGAUACCAGUCUCUCCUUUGCCAGCCUCUGAGGACCCCAAAAAUCUUUCUGCUUCAGUACUAGUAAAGUCUCCAACACAGCAAGAUCUCCAGACUGUACCUGCCUCUCCUGUAGGAGCCCCUGUUUCACCAGCCCAGGCAGGACUCCCUACCAAGAAAGACCCUACUCUACUACCACUGGCCCUGGCAGCACCUAAAAGUUCCCCCUCUCCCCAAAGUACAUCUUCUUCUCUGGAGAUGGCUCUUUCUCCUGAAGCCACCUUAGCAAAGAAAAGCCUUGUAGAGCCUGUCCCUGUGGUUAAGCCAGCCAGUGCUAUUCCCUCUCCUCUGGGUGUUAGCUCCUUAACUUCUAUAAUCAAGACAGAUCCUUAUGCAAGCACAGACCCCACUGGUCUGCCUCUCAAAAGUUCUCUCACUACCCCACCUGUAGCUACAUUUCCUUUGGGAAGUGCUGCCACCACUGAGGUGGCUCCUACAACUGCCAAAGUUACUUCCACUCCUACAACUACAGCCAGCCCUUUUCUAGAAGGAGGUAUCUCUUUAGCUCCUAAAAGCCACCCAGCCAAGAAGGGUACUUCUGCUCUUACUACUUUACCUUUGGUUCCUCCAACCUCUGAAAGUUGCCCUGUGGCUCCACCUGUGACUUUAUCCCUCCAGAAUGAUUCUGCUUCUCCAGCCACUCUGUCACUGGCCCCUGAAAUUCCCAAGUCUGACCCUUGUCCCUCUCUUCCCCCAGCUGGUGCUCCUCCUCAAGGUGCAAAGAAAGUUCAUGGUAUCUCUCAUACCUCAGCUUUGGCACCUGUGGCUUCCUCUCCUGAAGGGUGCCCAACUGAGGACCUUGGUGCUUCUGUUACUGCAUCUCCCAAAGGACCUUACUUAGCUGACUCCCCAUCUCCUUUAGGGACUAGUGUGUCUCCUCAGACUACAAGACCUCCAACCAAGGAAGGUUCAGCUACUUCUGCUACUCCCUUAACUCUUGAUCCUUCUCUUUCUAAAUGUGUACUUGCUAUCCCUGAUACUUCCGCUGGAAAUCUCUCAUCAUCUGUUUCUCCAACUGAUGAUUCCUUUCUUCCAGAGGCCAAUCUUUCUUUUCAAGUCCCUAAAGGAUCACUAGCCAAGAAGCAUUCCCCUACUCCUCCUUCCCCCAAAGCGGGGAUAGCAACCCCAUCCCCUAAAGAGACCCCCACUCCCCUAGCUAUAACUCCUUCUUCACCCAAAGGAGUCCCAGCAACUCCAUCCUGGAAAGACUCUACAGCUGCCCCACCUCCCAAGGGGGCCCCCACCCCCCCAGCUGUGGCUCCUACCUCCCCCAAAGGGGGCCCAGCAACUCCAUCCCCUAAAGAGACUCCCACUCCCCCAGCUGUGGCUCCUCCCUCCUCUAAAGAGGCCCCAGUCACCCCAUCCCCUAAAAGAGCCCCCACUUCCCCAGUUUUGCCUCCUCCGUCUGGAAAAGGGGGCCCAGCAACCCCACCCCCUGAAGAGACCCCAGCUACCCCAUCUCCCAAAGGAGCCCCUACUCCCUCAGCUCUGAUUCCUCCCUCUCCCAAAGGGGCCUCAGCAAUUCCAUCUUUCAAAGAGACCUCCACUCCCCCAGCUAUGACUACUUCCUCCCCCAAAGAAGCCCCAGGAACCCCAUCCCCUAAAAAGUCCCGGGCUACCCCACCCCCCAGAGGGGCCUCCACUCGCCCUGCUGUAACUCCUUCCUCCCCCAAAGGGGUCCCAGCAACUUCAUCUCCCAAAGAGACCCUCCCUCCCUCAACUGCAACUCCUUCUUCCCCCAAAGGGGCCCCAGCUUCUCCAUCCCCUGAAGAGGCCUUGACUCCUCCCUCCCUCACAGGGGGCCCAGCAGCUGCAGUUGGCAAAGAGCCCUCAGCUACCCUAUCUCCCAAACGGGCUCUAACAACCCCAGCCCCCAAAGAGCCCUCAGCUACCCCACCUUCCAAAGGAGCCCCAGCAACUCCGGCCCCCAAAGGGGCCUCAGCAACUCCAACCCCCAAAGGGCCCUCAGCUACCCCACCUCCCAAAGGGGCCCCAGCAACCCCAGCCCCCAAAGAGCCCUCAGCUACCCCACCUCCCAAAGGGGCCCCCGCCCCCAAAGAGCCCUCAGCUACCCUGCCUCCCGAAGGGGCCCCAGCAACCCCAGCCCCCAAAGAGCCCUCAGCUACCCCACCUCCCAAAGGGGCCUCAGCAACUCCAACCCCCAAAGAGCCCUCAGCUACCCCACCUCCCAAAGGGGCCCCAGCAACCUCAGCCCCCAAAGAGCCCUCGGAGACCCCAUGUCCCAAAGGAGCCACAGCAACUCCAGCGCCCAGAAGGGCCCCAGCAACCCCAGCCCCCCAAGAGCCCUCAGCUACCCCACCUCCCAAAGGGGCCUCAGCGACUCCAUCCUCCAAAGGGGCCCCUACUCCCUCAGCUGUGAUCCCUCCCUCCCCCAAAGAGUCCCCAACCCACAAAGGAACCUCAGCAACUUCACCCACCAAAAGAGCCCCAGCUACCCUAUCCCCCAAAGGGGGCCCCUCUCCCCCUGUUGUGAUUCCUCCUUCUCCCAAAGAGACUCCCAAUUCCCCAGUUUCAGUCACAUGUCCCUUGGAGUCCAUUGCCCCUCAGGCAUCUAAAGGGUCCCCGAAGAAGAAAGGCCCCACAGCUCUCAAAGCAGAUGUUGCCCCAGCUCCAGAAAGUGUACCAGUCAUCACAGCUCCCGCUCAGAAAGAUCCACCAGCCAAGAAGAGUUCUGCUACUUCACCUACUGUGUGCCCAGAUCCCUCAGCUAAGAAUGGUACUAAAGGACCCUUUUCUACAGUAGCUCCAGCCCCUCUGCUGACGGUCUCCACUCAGAAAGGCUCUUCUCCAAAGACUCCAAAAGCCCUCCCUAUUUCUCCCUUAAAAGGCAAAGAUUCUGUCCAUUCCCCAAAGGGCCCCUUAGCUCCUCCUCCUGAGUCUGAGACAUCCACCCCUCUAGCAGCAGCAGCCUCUGAGAAGGUCCUUCCUAAAGCUGGAUCCGCAUCUGUCUCCCCAGCACCCACUCCAUCAGUCUCUCUGCCUCUUGCACCCUCCCCAGUUCCCCCUCUGCUUCCUAAACAGCCAUUUCUGCCGUCCUCACCUGGGCUGGUGCUGGAAUCACCCCGUAAGCCCUCAGCCCCUGCUGAUGAGGAUGAGCUGCCGCCUCUGAUUCCCCCGGAACCAAUCUCGGGGGGAGUGCCUUUCCAGUCGGUCCUCGUCAACAUGCCCACCCCCAAACCUGCUGGGAUCCCUGCCCCAGCCCCCUCUGCCAAGCAGCCUGUUCUGAAGAACAACAAGGGGUCUGGAACAGAAUCUGACAGUGAUGAAUCAGUACCAGAGCUCGAGGAACAGGAUUCCACACAGGCAACCACACAACAAGCCCAGCUGGCAGCAGCAGCUGAAAUCGAUGAAGAACCAGUCAGUAAAGCAAAACAGAGCCGGAGUGAAAAGAAGGCACGGAAGGCUAUGUCAAAACUGGGUCUUAGACAGGUUACAGGAGUUACUAGAGUCACUAUCCGGAAAUCUAAGAAUAUCCUCUUUGUCAUCACAAAACCAGACGUCUACAAGAGUCCAGCUUCAGAUACCUACAUAGUUUUUGGGGAAGCCAAGAUCGAGGAUUUAUCUCAGCAAGCACAGCUAGCAGCUGCUGAGAAAUUCAAAGUUCAAGGUGAGGCUGUUUCAAACAUUCAAGAAAACACACAGACUCCAACUGUACAAGAGGAGAGUGAAGAAGAAGAGGUUGAUGAAACGGGUGUGGAAGUUAAGGACAUAGAAUUGGUCAUGUCACAAGCAAAUGUGUCAAGAGCAAAGGCAGUCCGAGCCUUGAAGAACAACAGUAAUGAUAUUGUAAAUGCUAUUAUGGAAUUAACAAUGUAACCAUCUGAAAAUGAGGACCUUUUUUGGUGUUUCAAAAGAGUAUCCGCGGCUUGGUUUGAAAUUUGUACUGUUUCUAUCAUUAAUAAAGUUAUGGCUUCUUGUUGGAUGAA